AUUUUUCUUUCUUCUUCUUGUUCUUCUUUUACCUCUCUUUCUAUUGAUUGAUAUUAUCAUGUUUGCUGCCAGACAUUCCCUUCUCUCUGUUCAACGCCGUACCUUUGCUACCACUACCCAAGGUCUUAAUGAUGUUGUGAUUGCUAGUGCUGUGCGUACUCCUGUAGGUUGUUUUGGUGGUGCACUCAAAAGUCUCAGUGCUCCUCAAUUGGGUAGUAUUGCUGCUCGUGCUGCUAUUGAAAAGGCCGGGAUCCAAGCCAACGAUGUUCAAGAAGCAUAUUUUGGUAAUGUCAUUCAAGCUAGUUUAGGUCAAUCUCCUGCUCGUCAAGCUAUCUUGGCUGCUGGAUGCCCUGAAUCCACUGAAGCCACUACCAUCAAUAAGGUUUGUGCCUCUGGUAUGAAAUCCAUCAUGUUGGCUGCUCAAUCUCUUCGUUUGGGUGAUCGUGAUAUCAUGGUUGCUGGUGGUAUGGAAAGCAUGUCCAAUGCUCCAUUCUAUGCUCCUCGUAAUGCUGCCUAUGGUCAUCAACAACUAUUGGAUUCUAUUAUCAAAGAUGGCCUUUGGGAUGUUUAUAAUCAAAUUCACAUGGGAUCUUGUGCCGAAAACACUGCUGCCAAUUACAACAUUACCCGUGAAGAUCAAGAUAAGCAUGCUAUUGAAUCAUAUACUCGUGCUGCCAAAGCUUGGGAGUCUGGAGUCUUUGACAAUGAAAUUGCUCCUGUGACCAUCAAGUCUCGUAAAGGUGAAGUGAUUGUCAAAGUAGAUGAAGAAUUCAAGAAUGUCAAAUUUGAUAAGGUACCAAGUCUUCGUCCUGUAUUCAAGAAGGAUGGUACUGUGACCGCUGCUAAUGCUAGUACUUUGAAUGAUGGUGCUUCUGCUUUGGUUUUGAUGACUCGUCAAAAAGCUCAAGAAUUAGGUGUCAAGCCUCUUGCUCGUAUUGUUUCUUUUGCUGAUGCUGCUUGUGCUCCAAUUGAUUUCACUAUUGCUCCAAGCAAAGCUUUACCCAUUGCCCUUGAAAAGGCUGGUUUAUCCAUCAAUGAUAUCAGUUUGUUUGAAUUGAAUGAAGCUUUCAGUGUAGUUGCUCGCGUCAAUGAACAACUUCUUGGUCUUGAUCCUAGUAAAGUGAACAUUGCAGGUGGUGCCGUUGCCUUGGGUCAUCCUAUUGGUUCUUCUGGUUCUCGUAUUGUUGUGACUUUGACUCAUCUAUUGAAAUCAGGUCAAUUCGGUGCUGCGGCUGUUUGUAACGGUGGUGGUGCUGCUUCCUCAAUUAUCAUCCAAAAGGAAUAAAUUCUUCUUCUUUGUUUUCUUUUAUUCUUGAUUCCCUUAUUGAUCGUCAUCAUUUAGUAGAAAUCUUCUUUUUUUUUUUUUUAUGAUUGAUUCAUCAAUGUACCUUUUAUAGUAUAAUUUUUCUUUUUUUAUUUUGUAUUGGUAGAAUAGAAAAAAAAAAUGAAAUAAAGGACAACUUUGACAAAAC